AUGUCUUGGUCCAGAGUCAAUACGCUGGACCCUUUUGCAACCGCAAUCCCUGGUUUCAUUUUACUCAGUUUCGAAAUUUCUAAGGUUUCCGGGGGAAAGUCUCUUGCAAGAGGUACCUUCAAAGCGACUCCAACACAUUUUAGAACUAUUGAACGUCCAGACAAUGUUAAUUUCGUUGUCACUUGGGAACACCACCCAGACAUCACGAACGAAACUCCAAUCAACCCUAAUAUUGGAAUCGAUCCUCCACCGGUUCACCUUUCGUUUAUCCCAGGAACGGCAAAAACCUCUCUCGGUGCAAUGAUAGGAAUAGCAGAGCCGACAAAAUUAGAUUUUAUCGCUAGUUGGAUGAUUCGAGGUAUUCUAUACGGCAACGAAAAACUCAUCGAGUUUGCUGUUCCAGGCGGCUCAGUCAUUGUGAAAGUCGUCCAGCUUGCUGAGACGAUUGACACUGCUGCGGAUGUCGUGUUAGCUAUAGCGGAUUUGCGUGAUGCCUUGGCCAGACGCGACGCAAAAGCUGCUGUUAAAGCUCUCGUAAAAGCCGUAAAAGGACUCCGCGAGCUUGCAAAAACGGUGGUGGGCGGUGUUGGUGAUGUAUGA